AUUUGUAUUAUAAUUAUUUGAUAUUUACAUUAACUAGAAAACCAAUCACUUAACAAUGGGUAGAGUUAUUCGUAACCAAAGAAAAGGUGCUGGUUCAAUCUUCACCUCUCACACCAGAUUAAGAAAAGGUGCUGCUAAAUUAAGAACCUUAGAUUUCGCUGAAAGACAUGGUUAUAUUAGAGGGGUUGUUAAACAAAUCUUACAUGAUCCAGGUAGAGGGGCUCCAUUAGCUAAAAUUGUUUUCAGAGAUCCAUACAAGUAUAAAUUAAGAGAAGAAACUUUUAUUGCUAAUGAAGGUGUUUAUACUGGUCAAUUCAUUUAUGCUGGUAAAAAAGCUUCCUUAAAUGUUGGUAAUAUUUUACCUUUAGGUGCUUGUCCAGAAGGUACCAUUGUCUCCAAUGUUGAAGAAAAAGUUGGUGAUAGAGGUGCUUUAGGUAGAACUUCUGGUAAUUACGUUGUUAUCAUUGGUCAUAAUGCUGAUGAAGGUAAAACUAGAGUUAAAUUACCUUCUGGUGCUAAAAAAGUUAUCUCUUCUGAUGCUAGAGGGGUUAUUGGUGUUGUUGCCGGUGGUGGUAGAACUGAUAAACCAUUAUUAAAAGCUGGUAGAGCUUUCCAUAAAUAUAGAGUUAAGAGAAACUCUUGGCCAAAAACUAGAGGUGUCGCUAUGAAUCCAGUUGAUCAUCCUCAUGGUGGUGGUAACCAUCAACAUAUUGGUAAAGCUUCUACUAUCUCUAGAGGUGCUGUUGCCGGUCAAAAAGCUGGUUUAAUCGCUGCUAGAAGAACUGGUUUAUUACGUGGUACUCAAAAGACUCAAGAUUAGGUUUUGAUCUAUUUUAAACAUCAAUAAUAUUAAUAAAUAGUUUAUAAAAUAAUAAUAAUAAUUUAUGUCUAAAUAAAUCAAAUUAAAAAAAAUUUAAUCAUCAAAUAAAUAUAUAUACAUUAUAUCAAUUUUUAAAAAUAAAUUU